AUGGCGUUCGAGAAGAUCGUUGUCGCCAAUCCCGUCGUGGAGAUGGACGGUGAUGAAAUGACGCGGAUAAUUUGGGAGAUGAUCAAGGAGAAGUUGAUCCUUCCUUUCCUAGAGCUCGACAUCAAGUACUUCGAUCUUGGCCUGCCUCAUCGCGAUGAGACUGAUGACAAGGUCACCGUUGACGCCGCGGAGGCGACUCUCAAGUACAACGUGGCCAUCAAGUGCGCGACCAUCACUCCGGAUGAGGCACGCGUGAAGGAAUUCACCCUGAAGAAGAUGUGGAGGAGCCCUAACGGCACAAUUCGUAACAUUCUGAAUGGGACUGUCUUCCGUGAACCCAUUCUGAUGUCCAACAUUCCUCGGCUUGUGCCUUCAUGGAAGAGGCCCAUCACCAUUGGCCGUCACGCUUUCGGCGACCAGUACAGGGCCACUGAUCUUGUGAUCCCUGGACCUGGAAAGCUCAAGUUGGUGUACGAAAGGGAGGGAGGUGAGCCGGAGGUGCACGAGGUCUACGACUUCCAGGGCGGUGGCGGUGUUGCUCUUGCCAUGUACAACACUGACGAGUCAAUCAAGUCGUUUGCCGAGUCUUCCAUGGCUUUGGCCUAUGAGAAGAAGUGGCCGCUGUACCUCAGCACCAAGAACACCAUUCUCAAGAAAUACGACGGAAGGUUCAAGGACAUUUUCCAGGAGGUUUAUGAGAAGGAGUGGAAGGCCAAGUUUGAGGCGGAGAACAUCUGGUACGAGCACCGCCUCAUUGACGACAUGGUUGCGUACUGCAUGAAGAGCGACGGCGGGUAUGUGUGGGCGUGCAAGAACUACGACGGAGACGUGCAGAGCGACAUGCUUGCUCAAGGGUUCGGGUCUCUGGGGCUGAUGACCAGUGUGCUGGUGUGCCCCGAUGGCAAGACCAUCGAGGCAGAGGCUGCUCACGGUACCGUGACGCGCCACUUCCGCGUGCACCAGAAGGGCGGCGAGACCAGCACCAACAGCAUCGCCUCCAUCUUCGCCUGGACCCGUGGCCUCGCCCACAGGGCUAAGCUGGACGAGAAUGUGAAGCUGGCGGAUUUCUGCAACAAGCUGGAGACAGCGUGCGUGGCCACAGUGGAGAGCGGCAAGAUGACCAAGGAUCUCGCUCUCAUCAUCCACGGGUCCAAUGUGGCUCGCAAGGACUACCUCAACACCCAGGAGUUCAUCGAAGCUGUUGCCGAGAACCUUAAGGAGUCUCUUGCUUAG